GUUACUUACCUAACUAGCAUCAAGACAACUUUGAAUCAGGAUCCAAGGCUUGAUAUUUUACCUAGUAGGUACCUUAUAUGAAUCAUAUAUUCCCCUAUUGUUAAUCCAGCAAGCUCUUUUACAAUUGUAAUUAGAAGGCAAGAGAUACUAUAACAGUUUAAGUACCUCUAAAAGUUGCUCCCAUGACUUAGGUAACCCUUUAUCCCCGUCUAAAUCUUGCUCAGCUUAUAGCACACCAGAAAGGACAAAGCACAAAGGUCUGUAUAACAAACCUUACAAAUUCUGCUUUACAGGUAUCAACCCCAAAAUACUAUUUACAUACCUGCGUAUAUAAUUACGAGCAACAGUUUUCGUAUUUUAUCUUCAUCAGUUGCAAAAAUCUUGAACUUUUAACAGAGUCACCUGACUACUUGACGCCUAUGACGUCGCUUUUCAAUUUACCUUUUCCUUCCCGCGUUAAGUCUUUGAGUCGUACGAAUUUGUCCAACUUUCAAGUCUAUUUAUUAGCAAAGGUGCCUAGCAGAGACGCCACGUAGUAGGAAUUCACGAGUUACCCAUUUCUGUUCCUUUCGGUUCCAAACAAUUACAUACCAUAAUUCUCAACUGCCUUUACCUCGCUCUACCUCUUUGUAUAUCUAGCCUAGUUGUGUAGGUCAACAGAGUUCAACAGGGUAUUCACGAUGGCUCCUAUCCCCGUCUAUACCGACAGUCCUAUUGUUGCCUCGAAGCCAUCCGGAGUAACUCCCCAGACUGCUCAAGCAUCGUCUGCUUCAAAACCGGCGACGACUAGUACAUCACCUACUCCAACUAGCAAGACUUCGUACCCACCUGCAAAACCUGGUGCUGCACCUUCACUUCCAGCUCCGACGGCGGCCGUAUCUCAGGCAUAUGUCCCUCAAAAUAGUCCUCCAGCACCACAACCUGGUGGUCUCCCUACCCCGCCGGGAGCCACUAGAACAAAUAUUCCACCACCGCCGAAGGCAGGUGAGAAGUAUCAACCACCCCAGCAAACGUCGGCAACCCAGCCUAUGAACAUGCCGUAUCCUCCGCAGAUGUCUAUGUCCCCUCCUAGUGCGCCUUACGCAGCUCAGCAGCGUGGUACGUCCGCGGCCUCCGUACCUACUUCGGUAUAUAGUGGCCAGGGACCCACGGCUUUAGGCGGUCCACCCACCCAAAGCUUACAGCACCCUCCGGGAUAUCACCAGAAUGUCAACGCAUCUGAGGUAGACAUGCAUCAGAGAUCAGCUAUUCAGCAGAGCGAGUUAGAGGGCCACACAGAAGAUUCGGGUGGGGUUUGGGAUUCGGCGAAGAAAUGGGCCCAGCAGACGGGAGAAAGACUUGCCGCAGCUGAGAACGAAGUAUGGAAGAAACUCAACAAGGACUAACGGUACGACUACGUUGGUCGAGAACCCUCUCAGCCGCCUACACCCUGGAUCAAUACGUUGCGAUCCAGGUCCUAGCGUAAGGAUUGCCCACCGAGAUCCAAGAAAGAUAAAGAGUCCUGCAUCGGAGUUUAGGAUACGAGUAGUUUCUCAUGCUGUACUGGAUAUUUUAGGAUUACGAAGCGUCGCGGUUGGAUCGGAUGGAAACAGCUCUAUUCGGGUCUUUUUUCCCUCUUAGCAGGCAGAUCUAAUACAAACACGGCGAUAGUUGUUCGAACAACCUGAUAGCAAAGAGAAACGAAAAUUCUCCUUAUAGAAGUUACGAGGCGUGAUUCAUGCUAACCCAGGCAGCCCAGGCUCUGUUCGGAGGACGCGGUACCUGCUCGUAUGCCGGGCUCGGACAGGCAUUUUUGCCCUUUCGCCAUGAAAUUCCCUUUUUCUGUAUUGGCAGCCUUUUUACGCAUGAUAUGAUCUUCCAAUGGGUCUACGCUAGGUAUCUGGGGAAGUGAUCUCGUCAUCGAUAGCCCGCGAUCUUCAUGACGAGAGGUAGGAGUUGCUAAAUUUAAU